AUGCAGUUGACAAUCACUCAACAGAUCGAUACGAUCAAUAAUGGAACGUUGGGUGGUAAUAACUCGGAAGCACCUUAUGCCAAUCAGACAAUUAGUAGACAUAGUGGAGCCUCGUCUGCGGUUGGCGACAUAAAGACGUACAACAUGGACCCAAACUCGAGCUACACAACAGUGUUCCAAUCAAUCUGUCAACUGUUUGGAAUCAACUCACAGAAUGCUGCCAAUUACACACUGCAACUAGAGUCGUCCAAACGUUAUCUUAACUGGCCACAUGAAGCCGACGAGUCAAAGACACGCCACAUUGUAAAGUACUUGGUGGAGGUGGGCGAGGCCAGUCUGCUACUCAAGCUCAAGCCCACAUACCGCUCACAGCAAUGGGUACAGGCGCUAAACGCCGCCGACAACAAGGCAAAGGAUGUUAUAUUCCAUCUCAAGUACAAGUUGGCCGAGCCAGAGUUUGCCGAGUCGUUCAUCGAGCAGGGCGGUAUGGACAGCAUCCUGCGCGUCGUCACACAGACCAAGGGCAACACCCAGACAUACGCACUUGGCACCCUACGCGCCUGUCUGGAGUACGUCAGCGGCAUGGACGUCAUCACCAAAACACCCGCACUCAUCAAGCAGUUGUACGCCCUGGUUGACUCGCCAGUCGUCGGAGUAUGUCGUGGCGCACUCGAGCUACUCUUUGUCCUUUGCAACUUCCGCAAGGAGGAGGGAUUCAACUCGGUUCAUUUGGCCGCCAAGGCCAGCGCACAGAACAGCAACUCCAAGCCAUACGCCAACAUCGUACGCCUGCUUGAUAGCGGUGAUCUCGAGACCAAGAUCAAUGCGUUCACCUUAUUGAACGUAAUCCUGGACACAUGUCCUGAGGAGGAGAAGGUCGAGCGUCUGGUCCAGGAAUGGAGUGGAUUGGGCCUGCAUGAGAAACUGAAGAACCUGACAGAGAUACAGCACAAGGAGUUCCAGAUCCAGCUGGAGCUGUAUGAGGACAUCUCUGGCGCCAAGCUACGCUCCAAGGCGUCGCGACUAGAAGAGAUCAGCAAGCGACUGCGUGCCAAGCUCACCGACUAUGAGACCCAACAGCCAAUGAUCUCCGUCCUCAAGGAGGAGCUUCGUCUCAACCAACAGCUCUUCAAAGAAGCAUCCAGUGACAGAGUAUUCUUCAACUCACAUCCUGUCCAGAGGUUCCUGGGUCCAAUGAACCAGUCAUACCCUGUAGACUUGUCAUUCUUGCGAACGACAGUGAUUGAGAGAGAGAAGAUAGCCGAGGUGGAGAAGAAGAUUAAUGCAUUGAGCGAACAGUUGAGACUGGAAUCAAAGCAAGGCGAAGAGUAUAAGAAUCAGGUGAUUGCAAACAAGUCAUCAUAUGAAUCCACAGUGACUGAACUGAAGGAGGAAAAUCAGAGAUUGAACAGUCUGGAGAUUAGGAUGCGUUUGGAGUUGGAGCAGCUCAGGGCUGCCCGCGCGGCUGCCGCAGCUGCACCUCCACCAUCUGUCGCCGCCUCGGACGAAGAGUUGGCGGCUGCACUCAAGGAGGCUCAAUUGGAGAUAGAGCGACUGAGACUGAGAAUCGACGAGGCUCAGCUACCAAGCCACGCAGAUGUAGGCGAGCAACCAUCAGGCUUACACACACAGCCAGACAAGAUAUCACUGGGCGGCAGCACGACAACUCCUCCAAUAUCACCAAACAUUGACUCGACUAAUGGAGAUAGCGAGAUACCAGAUGGCGCAAGCAUUGAGGGUGGCGGACCUCCUCCACCACCUCCUCCAAUGGGUGGACCACCUCCUCCACCUCCACCUCCCCCACCUCCCCCUCCUGGUGGCAAGAAGGGUGCAGCAGCCCCAUCGGCCAUCCAGCCCACCAAGCCAACGAUCAACCCAUCGACCAAGAUGAAGCCACUCUACUGGAAGCGUCUGGUGCUGCCACCAUCAGGUCGCUCUGAAUCGCUAUGGGAUCAGAUCCUCGAGCCAACGUUCAACACCAAAGACUUUGAGGAUAUGUUCUGUCAGAAGAAGAGAGAGGUGAGCCAGAAGCCCGCUGCAGGCAUGGAUGAUGGAUAUGGCUCUGGCGCACCUGUUGCCCCUGAGAAGGUUAAGUUGGUCUCGGUCAUUGAUAUCAAGAAGUCCAACUCGAUUGCAUUCAUGCUGGCCAAGCUGCCGCCAAGCGACCAGCUCAAGCGCAACAUUGCAGACUUUGACAGCUCGCGACUCAACAAGGAGCUGAUCAAAUCAUUGAUCAACAACGUGCCCACUGAGGAGGACCUCCAGACGAUAAAGUCCAGUGAGGUGCCACUGGCCAAGUUGGAUAGACCCGAGCGAUGGAUCAUGGAGAUGAGCGAUGUGCCCGUCCUGAAAGAGCGUCUGAAGUGCUGGCUGUUCAAGCUGGAGUGCGCAGACAUGGUGGCCAACGUCAAGACAUCUUUGGAGAGUUUGGCGGCAGCCAUCUCGCGUACAAAGACCAAUGAGAACCUGAAGAAGGUGCUGGGCAUCGUGUUGGCACUGGGCAACUAUAUGAACGGUGGAUCCAACAGAGGACAAGCUGACGGCUUCAACAUUGAGAUCCUCGACACUCUGGUGUCAACAAAGGACGUCGACAACAAGGCAACACUUCUCGAGUACAUUUGUAAACUGGCUAUUGACAAGUAUCCCAAGUCUGUGGCACUGGCCGAGGAGAUGGACGCACUUCGAAGCGUGCAGUUCACCAUUCAGGACAUCCAGGCCGAUGUGGGCGAUCUCGACGGCAGCUACAACCUGGCCAAGACACACAGCAGCAAGUGCGCAGAGUCCCUGAGCUCAGGCGACGCGGACAAGUUCCAGUCACAGAUGCAAUCAUUCAUGGACAAGACUGCGAGCGAGAUAAGCGCGGCCAAGGACCAGGUGAAGACGGUGGUCGAGUCGUUCCACCAACUGCUCGAGUUCUAUGGAUACCCCAAGACGGCCAUCCAGACCGUGUCAUGCCAGCAGUUCUUUGGCUCCAUUUUCUCAUUCGCCACACAGUUCUCCAAGACAUUCCAGAAGAUUGAGAGAGAGAUCAAGCAGAAUGGUGGUGGCGCUGCCAACUUGAACGCAGGUGAGGGCAAGAAGAUUGCGGGUGGUGCCGAUCCACUUGCAGCCUUGGCCAAUGCCAUCAAGAUGGGACAGCAAACAGGUCUCAAAAAGAGGCCUAAUCAAUCAUCAAUGUCUGUAAAUGUAUCAUCCAGCUAA